GUUACAGGAAGUUUGACAGAGGUGGUUUGAUCUGUCACAGAGAAAGAAGAAAGUUUGGAAACGUUUAUAUUUCUUUUUGUAGUAUUGUAGUAAAAAACACACACAAUGUGUUACAGUUCCAGUUAUAUCCGAUUCGUCUGAAUUAUUUCAGGAAUUCAAGAAGAUUUGUUUUAUGUAAUGACUUGAGGGGACGAAUACAGAGGAGAAAAGCAAGAUCAUGCGGUCACAUCAGGUCCCGUUCCGCCGCGAGCCCGCAACAUUUUAAAGUCCUCCACAAAUUUUGUACUUUAUAUACACGUAAGUGUUCAUUUUCAGCAGAAUGAGGGUUGUACACAGCAGACAUCUAAUCUCUGUGAUUAGAAAUGGAUUUAAUGGAAUAAGGACUAAUCAUUAUUUAAGGUCUGACAGGCUGCUGAGAGGUUCACGCAUAUUGGUCAGAGAGUUGAGCACCUCAGUUAAAACUCUACAAUAUGACCUGAAAAGAUCAGACAUCGCCAAGUCUGGCAAUCGAAAGUUAUUCUUUGAUACUCAUGCAAUGGUUCAGCUGCUUGAGGAAAGCGGUUUCAUUACCCAGCAGGCAGAGGUAAUUGUCAAUAUGCUGGUAAAUAUCACAAAUUCAAACAUGGAUGUUAUGUACGGUGACAUGGCUACCAAAACACAGCAGGAAAUCAUGUUACAGAAAGUCAUGUCUCAUAUUGCUGCUGUAAAAAAGGACAUGAUCAUUCUGGAAAAGAGUGAAUUCUCAGCAUUACUAACAGAGAAUGAGAAAAUCAAGAUUGAGCUUUCACAGUUAAGGAUACAACUCACUGAUGUAAUAAAUAAAAGGCGCGCAGACGCUAUUUUGGACUUGAAUGUAGAGAAAAGCCGUGUGAAGGAGUUGACUGCAGAGUUUGAAAGAAAACUUAUUGGGACCAGGAAUGAACUGAUGGAAAUGCAUUCUGAGCAGGAUCGUCACUUGUCACAAACCAACAUGAAAAUCGACACAGAAGUGGCUGGCCUGAAGACUUUACUGGAGUCACAUAAACUGGAUACUAUCAAAUAUCUGGCAGGUUCAGUAUUCACGUGUAUCACAGUUGCACUCGGAUUCUAUCGGCUAUGGAUGUAAACAUCCCAAAGAAGAAGAUCCCAAAGGAGCAAAUGUUCAUUCCUGUAUUAUUAUAUCAAGUUCUGCUAGAAAAAUAAAUCAUAUGUACAUACAUGACCAGUCAAAAGGACAGUAAGAUGUUUAAUGUUUUUUAAAGAAUUCUCUUCUGCUCACCAAGCCUGCAUUUAUUUGAUCCAAAUUACAGCAAAAGCAGUAAUGUUGUCAAAUAUUUUUACUAUUUAAAAUAACUGUUUUCUAUUUGAAUAGAUUUUAAAAUGUAAUUUAUUCCAGUGAUAAAUUUUCAGCAUCAUUACUCCAGUCUUCAGUGUCACAUGAUCCUUCAGAAAUCAUUCUGAUAUGCUGAUUUGCUGUUUAAGAAACAGUAUUAUUAUUAUUAUCAAUAUUUAAAACAGCUGAGUAAAGAUUUCAGAUAAAUGCUGUUUGUCUGAACUUUCUAUUCAUCAAAGAAACCUGAAAAAAAUCUACUCCACUGUUUUCAACAUAAUAAUAAAUGUUUUUUUUUAUCAGAAUUAUUUCUGAAGGAUCAUGUGACUAGAGUAAUGAUGCUAAAAUUUCAGCUUUGAAACAUUUUAAAAUAUAUUCAAAUAGAAAGCAGUUAUUUUAAAUAAGAAAAACUGUUUUUUGCUGUACUUCGGAUCAAAUAAAUACAGGUUUGGUGAGCAGAAGAGACUUCUUUAAAAAAUAUUAAAAGUCUUACUGUUCAAAAAUGUUUUUGACUAGUAGUGUACCUAGAUAGUGCCUAUAUAGUGCAGCAUCUUGCAUUAUUCCAUGACCUUCUUUCUUAUUAAAACCAAUGUCAACAGCUGAAUGAAGCCCAAGACAAUACAGUACACAGAUAUACCAAAGAAAGGUGCAAAGUAUGUUAUAAAAUAACAAUUCAUGCAGCUGAAUACAUAUAAACUUUAAAACACACACUCACAGCUGUCAACUUCGCGUUUGUUUAUGUUGUGCGUCAUAUAAAUUCACAUUUUUAUGUGUGGUGUAAUGAGGCCUUUAAAUACACUGCAUGUUUAAACAAUGUCACAAAAAGUAGUGCCGUUAUACUGAAUGUUGGUACAAAUUUUACAAAGCUCUGAGAAACGCUUGUAUGAUGUCAAAAAAAGUGCCUUGGGUUGUUUUGGUAGUGAUUUAAAGAUUAAAGCAUAUGUAUUUGUCAAAAUGAUUUCAUUACAUGUUGAAAACCUGAUGAGAGGUGAGGACUUAAACGCACAAGAUGUACAAAAAAGUGUAUAUAUUUUAUUGUAAUAUGAUCAUGAUUCCAUGUAAGCCACAGUUAUUCUGAAAAAAUAAAACAUUUAUCGUGAAUUGUUGAAUUUUU